ACAACACACAAUAAGUAAGAGUAGAAAAUGAAGGAAUCCUGCGGUGGGAAUUUGAACAAGCUUUGGAACAAAAAAACAUUAUUGGCACUUGGUUUGGGGCAAUGCCUCUCUCUUCUCAUCACUUCAACUGGAUUUUCAUCUUCCGCCUUGGCCAAAAGAGGAAUUAAUGCACCAACUUCUCAGUCUUUUUUCAACUAUGUACUAUUGGCAUUAGUGUAUGGAAGCAUUAUGCUCUACAGAAGGCAACCUGUCAAGGCGAAAUGGUAUUACUACAUAUUGCUUGGAUUAGUUGAUGUGGAAGCCAACUUUCUUGUGGUGAAGGCAUACCAGUAUACAACGAUUACAAGUGUAAUGCUGCUGGGUUGUUGGACAAUACCCUGUGUACUAUUUCUUACAUGGCUUGUUCUGAAGACCAAAUAUAGAUACACAAAACUGAUUGGUGUAGUAAUAUGUAUUGCUGGUCUUGUCAUUGUUGUUUUCUCUGAUGUACAUUCUGCUGAUAGGAAAUCAAGCGGUAACAACCCUCUUAAAGGGGAUAUGCUUGUUAUUGCUGGUGCCACUCUUUAUGCUGUCACUAACGUCACUGAGGAAUAUUUUGUUAAAAAUGGUGACAGAGUUGAGCUUAUGGCUUUCUUAGGCAUAUUUGGUUCCAUCAUCAGCGGUAUUCAAAUAAGCAUAUUUGAACGCAAUGAACUCAAGUCUAUUCAGUGGUCAUCUGGCACGACGUUUCCUUUUGUCGGAUUUUCGCUGGCCAUGUUUCUGUUUUACUCCGGAGUUCCAAUUUUACUUAAGAUGAGUGGAUCUGCAAUGCUAAAUCUGUCACUGCUUACAUCUGAUAUGUGGUCUGUUUUUAUUCGAGUCUUUGCAUACCAUCAGAAGGUUGAUUGGAUGUACUUUGUAGCCUUUGCUACUGUUGCGGUUGGCAUUAUUAUAUACUCAAGGGGUGAUAAAAGCAAAAAGAAGAGUGCCGAGAUUGGUGAUGAGGAGAUAGGUGAGGCGCGUGGAGAAGCAACAAGAGGGAGUGGAGCGUCUGAGGAUGUUGGUUCAACUAGGGUUGCUCCACAUAACGAAAUAAUAGUGCCACCACAAGGGAACAAAUUUUAA